AUGGGGUUCUUCAACUUCCGCAGAAAGGAUCCAGAGGUUAUCUACGAAAAGACGUCUAUAUCCUCCGAAGACGGAUAUGCGAGCGAUGAGGCUCAAUCAUUCCUGGCUAAACGCAGACGACGAGUCCACUUUGCUGAGCCUCGAAAGUCUGGACUGUGUAUCGUGUCACUUGUGAGCUCGGCGAUUAUCAACGUUGUACUCAUGGGCUUUGUAGCAUAUGGGUAUGCGCAUCGAGGGGCAAAUAGCCCUCUUUUCCCACAGACGGUCUACUCGCCUGCAAACGAGGCCAUCAGCUAUGAAACCAAAAUUUUCACAAGUGGUUUUGGCGACCAAAGAACCAAGUACAUGGGAGAUAGCUACGAGGCCGACGACGAAUGGGCAAAGCUAUACCCAAGAACUGUCGUUCGGAUACCAAAAUCACAGGCCGACAAGCUGGCUAACAAGACUAUUCCAAUUGCCGGCGACGAAGACCACUUUCCAGUGCUCAUCACAGUUUUCCACCUCAUGCAUUGCCUAGACUCAAUCAGGCAUCUAUACUUCGGACACGAUAAGAACAUGGAUCCUGAUCCUAUCAUCAAUGACGCUGUUCUGAAGAGGCCUCAUAUUGACCACUGUUUCGAUUCCUUGCGACAGAGCAUAAUGUGUGCAUCAGAUGUCUCUCCAGCUCCAUACAAUUGGGUGCCUUCCAAAGGAAAAGCUCUAGGCUCUCUAGGCGUACAACACACCUGCCGAAAUUACGAGAAGCUGGUAGAAUGGUCAGUUGCACCAGAGCGAGAUGUUAGAGGUUGGGAUGAGUCAAUCAAACCGAGCACUAUCGCAUAA